GUUCAGGGUCAGAAAUGCCUUAUGUGGAUCGUCAGAAUCGCAUUUGUGGUUUCCUAGACAUUGAAGAAAAUGAGAAUAGUGGGAAAUUUCUGCGGCGGUACUUCAUUCUGGACACACGAGAAGACAGUCUGGUGUGGUACAUGGAUAACCCACAGAAUCUUCCCUCUGGGUCUCCACCUGUUGGAGUCAUUAAACUUACCUAUAUUUCAAAGGUUAGCGAUGCAACGAAGCUAAGGCCAAAGGCAGAAUUCUGUUUUGUUAUGAAUGCAGGGAUGAGAAAAUACUUUCUCCAAGCCAAUGAUCAGCAGGACCUAGUGGAAUGGGUAAAUGUUCUGAACAAAGCUACCAAAAUCACAGUACCAAAGCAGUCUGAUCCUCUGUGUCAGAUGGAUAAUGCAAAUCGUCAGGUUGAAAGCCCAGGUGGAAAGAAGCAAGUGUCUUACAGGACAGAAAUCGUUGGUGGUGUUCCAAUCAUCACACCUACCCAGAAAGAAGAAAUGAGUGAGUGCAGUGAAGGAGGUGAUAGGAAUUAUUUGAAACGGUCACAAAGUCACCUUCCUUAUUUUCCUGCUAAGCAUCCCCCAGAUAAUGCAAUUAUCAAAGCUGGCUACUGUGUAAAACAAGGAGCAGUG